AUUCAACUGGGCGGUGUUCAACAACGAAGCCAAGUGGUAUUUCAACGAGCAGAGUCCAGGCGCACUAGACUACAAUGUGACGGACGCGCUGUGGUUCCUAAACAGGUUCAACUGGGCAGUGUUCAAUAAUGAAGCUAAAUGGUAUUUCAACGAGCAGAGCCCAGGCGCACUGGACUACAAUGUGACUGACGCGUUGGUUAGAUGGUUCACCCAGAGGAACAUCAAAGUGCGCGCUCACAACAUCUUCUGGGCCGUGGAGAAGUUUGUUCAGACGUGGGUCAAGGGUCUCAACAACACCUCCUUAUGGGCGGCCAUGCAAAGGCGCAUGAGCAGUGCAGUCAGCCGGUACCGAGGCAAGGUGCAGCACUGGGAUGUCAUCAACGAGCCUCUGCAUGGCAACUACUACGGGCAGCGCCUGGGCGGCAAUGUGCACUCGUGGAUGUUUAAAGCUGCCCGAGCGAUUGACCCUAAUGUCAGGUUGUUCCUUAACGAGUACAACACUGUGGAGCAAUGCGACAAAGAGGCUAACCCGGAGAUUUACCUCGAGGUGAGUGGGAGGAUAUGUAGGCAAGUGGAAGAGAAAAGAGAAGUGCAGCAGAAUGGAGAGUGUAGUGCAGCUGCUCUUAACGAGUACAACACUGUGGAGCAGUGCGACAAGGAUGCCAACCCAAAGGUCCGGUUGAAGCACGGCCUGAACCGGCUGGCAGUGGCAGGCAUGCCCAUCUGGCUGACCGAGCUUGAUUUCAACGAAAUGGUCCGUCUGAAACACGACCUAAACCGGCUGGCAGUAGCCGGCAUGCCCAUCUGGCUGACCGAGCUCGAUUUCAACGAAGUGCAAUCGGGGAGGCAAAGGGCGGAUUAUCUGGAAGCGGUGAUGCGAGAGGCCUUUGCACAUCCCUCGGUGGCCGGCAUUGUGCUGUGGUCGGCGGGGAGAUCGACGUGCAUGUACUACAAGGACAUGGACCCGGGCAUGUGCAGCGCGUGUGAUGCGUGCUUGGCAAAUGACAAGUUUGUCGACAACUUAGCGGGGCAGAGGUGA